AUGAAAGAAUUUGGCAACUAUUCAAAUAUUAAGAUUCUACACAAAACUACAAGAUGUUUCCUCAUAGAAUGUCAAAAGAAUAAGGAAAAAACUCUAUACCUAAAUGAUGGGCAAAGACAAGAAGAUACAAUUUCUUUUCCUUAUGGACUUGUGCGAAAUGGCAACGACGAAAUAAAAAUAAAAAUUGGACACGAAGCUGAGAGAGCUUAUAGUGUACGAGCUAAAAGGCAACGAAUUACCAACGAACUUGUUGGCCAUUGUUAUUUCUUCAGCAGAUUUAAAUUACAGCUGUACAAUACGGGUUUUCACAGAGAGCAGUUAGUAGAAGACCAAAUAAGACAACAAUUACCUUUAUUUGAUGUUAUGUCAUUCUUCAUCAAAGCUUUGAAAGAUCAUUGCUUGAAGAAGCUGGAGACAAGCGGUAAAAACGUUGAACUAAGCAAGACCCUGUUUGUAGUCACUGUUCCAGCAAUAUGGUCUGAUGAAGCAAAGAAAUUUAUGAGGGACGCAACAGUACAGGUAACUAAGAUUAUUUAA